AUGGGCCAGUCAAGUUCCACGGCUGCCGUCGUGAGCCGCCGGGACUCCAACCUCAGCCAUCGCUUCAAGUUUAAAUCGUCCUUCUCCUCCUCCUCGCCGAUUAAAGGCAGCGACGACUUCGUCGUCGAAGAUUUCAUGGUCGUCGAAGCGCCUGAUUACAUCUCGGAUCUGCCGGAUGAGUGCUUGGCCGUCAUUUUUCAAUCGCUAAGCUCCGCUGACAGGAAGAGGUCUUCCCUGGUAUGCCGCCGGUGGCUCAUGAUCGAAGGCCAGAGCCGCCACCGUCUCUCUCUCAACGCGCAAGGCGAUCUUCUUCUCAGGGUACCGAAGCUGUUCACUCGCUUCGAUUCCGUUACCAAACUCGCCCUAAAAUGCGAGCGCAGAUCCACGAGCAUCGGCGACGAGGCCCUCGAGAUGAUCUCGCUCCGCUGCAGGAACCUCACGCGCCUCAAGCUCCGUUCGUGCCGCGAGAUCACCGACGCCGGGAUGGAAGCCUUCGCCAAGAACUGCAGGUCGUUGAAGAAGCUGUCCUGUGGAUCUUGCAACUUCGGCGCCAAAGGUAUGAACGCCAUCCUUAACAACUGUGCAUCUCUGGAAGAACUGUCCGUGAAGCGGCUCCGCGGAAUCACCGACGGAGCUGCGGCGGAGCCGAUUGGCCCCGGUUUGGCCGCGUCUUCCCUCAAAACGAUUUGCUUAAAGGAGCUUUACAACGGACAGUGUUUUGGCCCGCUUAUAAUCGGGUCGAAGAAUCUUCGAACCUUGAAGCUUUUCAGAUGCUCUGGGGAUUGGGAUAAGGUUCUGCGGGUGAUUCCCGAUCGGGUUUCCGGAUUGGUCGAGAUCCAUCUCGAGAGGCUGCAGGUUAGUGACGCUGGUCUGACGGCAUUAUCUACUUGCCUCAGUUUGGAAAUCCUGCACCUGGUUAAAACCCCAGAGUGCACGAAUUUCGGCUUGACAUUAGUUGCAGAGCAGUGCAAGCUCUUGAGGAAGCUUCACAUUGAUGGAUGGAAGGCCAAUCAUAUCGGCGACGAUGGAUUGAUAGCAGUUGCUAAACACUGCCCUAACCUGCAAGAAUUGGUUCUCAUUGGAGUCAAUCCCACCAAGAUCAGUCUAGAAACCCUAGCUUCCAACUGCCAAAACCUAGAGCGACUAGCUUUGUGCGGGAGUGAUACUGUUGGCGAUGCAGAGAUCUCUUGCAUUGCAGCGAAAUGCAUGGCACUGAAGAAGCUCUGCAUCAAGAGUUGCCUUGUGUCUGACGAAGGGAUGAAAGCCCUUGCGACUGGGUGCCCUAACUUGGUGAAAGUGAAGGUGAAGAAGUGCAGAGGGGUGACCUGUGAUGGUGCAGAAUGGUUGAGAGCGAGUAGAGGAUCACUAGCUGUCAAUUUGGACAGCGGUGAAGUGGAGCUUCAAGAUGCAAAUGCUAGUGAUGGUGGUGGUGGUGGGGUACAGGCAGGGCUGAAUCAAAUGCCGCCUGUAGCACCUUCGAUUGCCGGUGGAUCAAGGAGUACCGCGCGUUCAACUUCAUUCAAGGCGAGAUUAGGGCUAUUGAAUGGAAGGGGUAUAGUGGCAUGCACUUUGAGAAGAUGGUCUAGUGGCAAUGGCGGGUCUCAAAGCUAA